AUGUCGGGGGCCGUGUCUGGCUCUCUGGCCGUGUCUGGAUCUAGGGCCGUGUCUGGCUCUCGGGCCGUGUCUGGCUCUCGGGCCGUGUCUGGCUCUCGGGCCGUGUCUGGCUCUCUGGCCGUGUCUGGCUCUCUGGCCGUGUCUGGAUCUCGGGCCGUGUCUGGCUCUCUGGCCGUGUCUGGAUCUCGGGCCGUGUCUGGCUCUCGGGCCGUGUGUCUGGCUCUCGGGCCGGCCGUGUCUGGCUCUCGGGCCGUGUCUGGCUCUCGGGUUGUGUCUGGCUCUCGGGCCGUGUGUCUGGCUCUCGGGCCGUGUCUGGCUCUAGGGCCGUGUCUGGCUCUCGGGCCGUGUCUGGCUCUCGGGUUGUGUCUGGCUCUCGGGCCGUGUCUGGCUCUCGGGCCGUGUCUGGCUCUCGGGCCGUGUCUGGCUCUCGGGCCGUGUCUGGCUCUCGGGCCGGCCGUGUCUGGCUCUCGGGCCGUGUCUGGCUCUCGGGCCGUGUCUGGCUCUCGGGCCGUGUCUGGCUCUCGGGUUGUGUCUGGCUCUCUGGCCGUGUCUGGAUCUCGGGCCGUGUCUGGCUCUCGGGCCGUGUGUCUGGCUCUAGGGCCGUGUCUGGCUCUCGGGUUGUGUCUGGCUCUCGGGCCGUGUGUCUGGCUCUCGGGCCGUGUCUGGCUCUCGGGUUGUGUCUGGCUCUCGGGCCGUGUGUCUGGCUCUAGGGCCGUGUCUGGCUCUCGGGCCGUGUCUGGCUCUCGGGUUGUGUCUGGCUCUCGGGCCGUGUGUCUGGCUCUAGGGCCGUGUCUGGCUCUCGGGCCGUGUCUGGCUCUCGGGUUGUGUCUGGCUCUCGGGCCGUGUCUGGCUCUCGGGUUGUGUCUGGCUCUCGGGCCGUGUGUCUGGCUCUAG